UUUUAUCUUUCCUGUUUCUUUUAAUUAUACAUUUUAUUUCAGAAAAUAUAAAUUUAAUGUUAAAAUCAAAGAACGGAUCUAAAAUUAUGCAUAUUAAACAUAGUAAUUACCAUCAGAGCAAUUUAUAAAAGAUAUGAAACGUCUUUACUCUUAAUACGAAAAGAAUGAAUCGACUUUUCUUUGUGUCUACUUCUUUCUUUCCUAUAGUCCUUGUAUUUUAACGAAAAAGAUACUUUCAACUGUCCGCUUCGUUACUGUUGCGUGAGAUAUUAUUAUUAGCAUGUUCUUGAUAUUCCAUUCAAUGCGUUGCCGCUGCGUACAAUCGAGCAGAAACAUGGCGUUCCUUCAGCGACGCGUUUCCGGCAGAGGGCGCGCAACACGCGUUGCAACCUUUGACGCGACAUAUGUAAGAUUCCGGAUCCUUUCUGCUGCGGCAGCUGCCGGAGAGUAAAAACGCGCGGCCAUAGAAUAACGGCUAGCGGCCUUCCAAGUCCCACUGUACGUCGCCAUUUUCGAACCGGGAGAGCUCCGAGUGUCGUACAGGCUUGAACGCUGUCGCCAGGACUGCUUCGCUGUUUCUCACUCGCUGCCAAUCGUCCGCAUCCGUGGAACGAAAAUUUCAACGGAAGAAUGACAGCUGAUUCUGAUAAGGAUUGUACACAUUGCUUAGUGUGCAAUAGUAAAGUUGGAGUAUCCACUAGAAAUAGUGUUCGCAUCUUUAAUGAUUCUACUACAUCAGAGAAGCCACUUGCUGACAUUAUAGCAACUGUUUUAGAAACAGAUAUUAAUGAGGAGUCUGUUCAUUCCCUUGUCAUUUGUAAAAAAUGUUUUAAAUUAUUCACUGAGGUGGAUGAACUUGAAACUAGAUUAACAGAAAUCAAGCUUGAAUUACUUCACAAUUAUAAAAGGACAGUAAAAAAAUUGUCUAAUAUAUUUCAUAAUGAAGAAGAAUAUAAUGAUCAUGAUUACAUAGACAAUACGGAAAGUCAAAAUACUGGUGAAACAGAGGAUGUUCAAACUCUCUCUGAUAAGGAUUGUAUACCAGACAAUAUGGCAGAAGAAGAAUUUCUUGUAAAUUCAGAAGAAAUUUCAUUGGAAGUUGAGGAACUAAACGAUUCAAAUGAACCAGUCACAAUACAAAAUUAUAAAAAGAAAUUGAAAAAGAACAAAGUUAAUAUGAAAAUAGAAACUAUUCAGGAACAAAUUGUACUUAGAGAUGACUCUUCGUAUAGUUGCUUGUUAUGUACUGAUGAAAAGGAAAAAGUUACAGCAGAUGCUAAAACUAUCAUAGCGCAUAUGAAAGAUGUACAUGACACUCGUUUAUAUAUUUGCGAUGUAUGUGGGCAGGAUUUCAGAAAAAGAAACGAACUUUCCUUACAUCUAGAUGAUCAUGUUGCAAAAGAGGAAGGGGAUUUUCAGUGUGAAAUAUGUAAUAGAAUAUUUAGCAAUUUACGAUUAUUCCGAAUUCAUAAAAGGAUACAUUAUCCACAAGUGAAGUCAUGGCCCUGUGAUAUGUGUGGAAAGAGAUACAGUUCAAAGAAUCUAUUGGAAGAACAUAUGAAUACACACACGGGUGUACGUCCAUAUGUUUGCGAGAUAUGUAAUAAAGAUUUUACAUCCAAAUACACAUAUAAAGCACACAUAAAAACACACGAAGUACGACCUCGUCCAUUUGAGUGCACUCAAUGCAAUAAAACAUUUUUGAACCAGCAAAAUUUGAAUCAACAUGAACGAACGCAUAAUGGCAUAAAGGAACAUGUAUGUCAUCAAUGCGGCAAGGCUUUUGGCUCACCUCACAAUUUGGAAGUACACAACAUAGUACAUACUGGAUAUAAACCCUACAUAUGUAGAAUAUGUGGCAAAGCGUUUGCACGUAAAGCAGAAAUACGUGACCAUGAGCGAACCCAUACAGGUGAGAAACCAUAUCAGUGCGAGUUCUGCGGAGCAACAUUUAGUCAAAGAUCGAAUCUACAAUCCCACAAGCGAGCAACGCAUUAUAACGAUAAACGUUAUAAAUGCGAUAAAUGUCAAAAAGGUUUCAAAAGAAGAAGAUUGUUAGAUUACCAUAUAAAAGCGGCCCACACUGGUGAAAGACCGUACAAAUGCGACGUAUGUACUGCUACGUUCGUCUAUCCUGAGCACUUUAAGAAACACAGGCGCAUACAUACAGGCGAGAAACCAUAUCUAUGCGAGGUAUGUGGUAAAGCUUUUAAUAGUAGGGAUAACAGAAAUGCGCAUAGAUUUAUUCAUAGUGAUAAAAAACCAUAUGAAUGUUUGGUGUGUGGAAUGGGAUUUAUGAGAAAACCAUUGCUUUAUGCCCACAUGCAAACUCAGGGACACUUAAAUGAUACCAUAGUAGUAAAUCAACCACGACUGACAACAGAAGAUGAUCAAGUAAUAACAAUUCCUAAUAAUGGUGAAGUAUUAAUGGAAGAAACUGAAACUGAACAGUUAAACGAAUUGUACGUGACUGAAUUGAAAGAUCACGUAAUUAUACAGCAAGAAGGAGAUCAAAUUUAUAACGAAGAGGAUGUUGUAUUGAAUAUACCUGCGGAAGAAACCGUAAACGGCGAAGUGGAUCUUGUUGUUGAGAAUCAGAUGAAUUUCGUGGAGAGUGACGAUAUAGAAUGCAAAACUGAAGCUGUGGAACAAGUGGAAACAGUAUACGCUUAUAAUGAGAAUGAUGAAGGUGAGACGAUAGUUGUACCAGCCACUACAGAUUAUAAAGGGAUAGUAGAGGAGAACAAAAACGUGCGAUUAGUACAGAUUAGAUUUCCUUCAUCUGUAGAUGGAGAGGGAAGAAGUUGGUUGAGCUUAGUACAAAAUACUUGAAUUUUUCAACACUGUCAAUAUAUCCUGCAUAAUUGAUUGGAGCAAAAAGGAUAAAUAUUCUGAUUAGAAAAACGAAAUUUUAUUGUAUUUAUAGGUUUUCUUAGUAUCUAUAGGUUUGGUGAUUAAAUUAAUUAUUAAAUUAAUUAUUUAUUAUAUUCAAA